AUGCUUCGUCCUGUUAUGACAACUACAGGCGUUCGCCUCCUCUCGGUGAUGGUCCUGGCGACUUCUGUGGCCGCGGCAGAUGACGCUGAAUUUGCUUUCAAUCUCCUCUCAGACGUUGCGCCAAUUCUCGCUCUUUCUGGUGACCAAUUUGCCAGGCAAUUCACCAGUGUGAAUCUAACAUGGGUUGACCACCUCAUUUUCGCCAUGGUGCCUCUGUGCAUCAUAAGCGCCAUUACCAGCGCCAUUAGGAUUCGGGGAAUGCGAGUUGCUAAGGCAUUCAUUGGACGUGCGAGGGAAAAUCGAGCUCUUGCAGAAAUCGAGCUGAUGUCCUCAACAUCUGGUGAGGUCUGUGAGCAUGGCAGCGCCAAGACAAGUAUUCUUAUACAGUAA